AUGGGAUCCAACAUGAACUGGGAUUUCAUCUGGGUGUUGCUUCUCACCUUGUGUUGUUGCUGCUGCUCCUUCGGGCACAGCUUGGACAACACUGCUGCUGCAAGUGAAUCAUUGAAUUCCUUGGUUCAAGAUUUUGCUUUCAGGUCACUGGUCAAACACAGGCCUCAAACUGGUGCUCUGUAUGAUGCUCUUCUUCCAAGGAAUCUGUCUGGUAUGGAUGUUUCAGUAGUCCGUCUCAGAAGCAGAAGGCUCUGGAACAAAGGUGCCAACUUUAGCUACUUUCGGAUCCCACCAAGAACCAUGUCCAUUCCCCAUGUCAGGAGGUUGGCCAUUGUCUACCAAAACUUGGGCAACUGGUCUUCCCACUACUACAAUUUGCCAGGUUACUCAUUCAUUUCUUCUGUUGUUGGCUUCAUGGUUUUUGAUGCCUCAAAUGUAACAGACACAAGUGAGAGAAACCUCACUCUCAACACAAUGGGGCAGCCCAUAUCUAUUCAAUUUCCCAACAUUACAUUUAUGGCUAGGGGUAGCAAUAGCAUCAACACAAGGGUGAGAUGUGUAGCUUUCAAUGACAAUGGAACAUUUCAGCUUACUGAGAUGAGUUCCCCUGGAGUGUGUAACUCCAGAGACCAGGGUCACUUUUCAGUUGUACUCCCAUUGGAGAAGAGGCGGGGAACAUGGUAUCUUUGGGUGAUUGGCUUUGUUGUUGGAUAUUUUGGGUUGAUCAUAGUGGGAUAUGUGGUUUUUUCUUCUAGAAGACUUCUCAAGACCAAGAGGAUUCAAGUCAUGGAAAAACAAGCCAGUGAAGAUCAGGUUCUAGAAAGUAGAUGGGUUGGCAAUAGUAAAAUGCCCUCCGCAACAGUGACAAGAACUCAGCCAGUUCUUGAGAGCGGUGUUCUUUAG